AUGUCUUUGGAAAAUACAAUAGCUACCGAACCAUCUGAACUGUUUAGAGUCGGAAUACGCGUUCCUCCUUUCUGGCCGGAAGAGCCAGAAAUAUGGUUCGCACAAGUCGAGGGACAAUUCGCAGUUUCAAAUAUUACAUCGGAUAUAACAAAAUUUAAUUACGUUAUUGGACAACUGGAUCAUCAAUUUUCGAAAGAAGUCAAAGAUAUUAUUAUCUCUCCACCUUCCACUGAAAAAUAUGAUAAAUUAAAAACAGAGCUUAUCAAACGUCUAAGCGCCUCACGUGAAAAACAAGUAAAACAACUUCUCAUGCAUGAGGAAUUAGGAGACCGUCGCCCAUCUCAAUUUUUGAGACAUUUACAAAGUCUUGCAGGACCCAACGUUCCAGAAGACUUCAUCAAGACUAUCUGGACAAGCAGACUACCACACAGCGUACAAACGGUGAUAGCCGCUCAACCCACAGCGUCACUGGAGAUACUUUCAGAUCUGGCAGACCGCAUCCAGGAUAUCGCUCCAGCUACACCGCAGGUAUCAGCCGCUUCAGUUCCAGGAUCAUCGCUAGACACCAUGGCUAACGAGAUAGCUGAGCUUCGAAGACAGAUGAAGAUGCUUCUAGAUCGUCACUCUCGUUCCCCGUCUCGUCAACGAAGUCGCAGCCACUCGAAAACGCGAUCAGAGUCCAACUAUAGAAAAUUCCCGAACUGUUGGUACCACGCAAAGUUUGGAUCAAAAGCUAAGCGUUGUGUGAAACCAUGUAAGUAUCAUGCGGGAAAUGCAGAGGGCGGUCUGUAA